AUGCCGAGGAGUGUUUCUGUGAGACCACCAGCUAAGACCGAUUUCGGUCGGGAGGUCGCCAGGAGCUGCAGCCGACGCUUACUAAGAACCCUCAUCAACGAAUGUCACAUUCGCCUGGGAAAGUACGGCAGAGAAAUCGAAAGGGAGAAAGCAGCAUGUGCAUCACACCUGGAGGAUCAAACACUACGAAACCUGGAGAGCUGGAUCUCGAUAAAGGUGAACGUAGAGCGAGGGAAGAAGAGGGUCCAACUCCUGAACAAGAUGCGUACCCUACAGCAGGCAGAUGCAGUUAUGUCAGAACCACCGUCCGUCCACAACCUCUCAUCCAAACAGCUGACAGACGACCAGAUUAAAGUGCUUCAGCACGAAUCUGGAUACAACACAGGUGACGCGCAGCCACUGGAUUUUAUUGCGGCAUUGGAAGCGACACUCGCAAAGACAGAUACCACAGAAGACUCCAAGAACUCCAUUCGCCAGCGAGUGUCGUCGCUCAUCAUAUCCCACAAGCCACGUCGGACCAUCUCCUCGGCCGAAUUAAAGGCCAUUAGGGAAUUAAAGAUGGACGAAGAAAUAGUCUUUGUUCCAGCGGACAAAGGACGGGCAACCGUGAUCUUGGACAGAUCAGAGUACGUCGCAAAAGCCCAGGAACUACUAGACGACAACCCGUCAUACAGAGUAGUCGACUCUGACCCCAUAAAAACACUGGUAGGCAAAAUUAACAAGGGCUUAAAUCAGAUGAGGAGCCAAAAGGCGAUAUCUGAAAACGAUUGGAGACAAAUGAGACCGCAAGAUGCCGCUCCAGCGCGUUUCUAUGGUUUGCCAAAAAUCCACAAGCCAAAUGUCCCCCUACGACCCAUCGUAGCGCUGAAAGGCACACCUACCUACGGACUGGCUAAAUGGCUUACCAAGCACUUAAAGAAGCUGACGGAAGGAUCCGAACACACAGCCGCCUCCUCAACGCACUUCCUAGAAAAAGUCCGAGGCGUGAAAAUAGCCCCCGAUGAGAUCAUGGUAUCCUUUGACGUCGUCUCUUUGUUCACCUCCAUCCCUAAGGAUUUGGCCAUGAGAGUCAUCAGUGAGCUACUGGAACGAAAGUACGACGAUGAAGAAAAACCGUUUAAAAGGAAGCACGCGAUGGAAUUACUGGACUACUGCUUAUGCACGUAUUUCACUUUUAACGGCCAUACUUAUGAGCAAAUCCAGGGAACCCCGAUGGGAUCCCCGAUCUCCGGCUACCUGGCUGAGGCGGUACUACAGGAACUGGAAACUCGUGUAUUUCGGUCCUACAAGCCAAAAUUCUGGAUGCGCUAUGUGGACGAUACCUUUGUCGUCCUACACCGAGAUGCGAAGGAGGCCUUCAGAGGAGAAUUAAACUCCAUCUUCCCACAAAUCCAAUUCACAAUGGAGGAAGAAAAGGACGGAACGCUCUCUUUCCUCGACGUGCGGGUAACGAGGCAGGAAGAUGGAACCCUCCAGACCGGUGUUUUCCGAAAAGCUACAAACACAGAGAAAAUACUCCACUACGACAGCAACCAUCCGCUGUCGCAUAAACGCAGUUGCGUCCGGACACUUUUCCGCCGCAUCAACACGCACUGCAGCACAGAGGCCGAGAAGCUACAAGAGCGUGCGUCCUGUGGCACCUCUUCCUUGUCAAUGGAUACCCACGUAGCUUCGUAA